AUGACUGGGACUUUUAAUGCUCCUUCAAGACAUGGUAGUUCCUUUUCUUUUGGAGGAUCAAGUUCAAGUACUAGUGGCUAUAGAGGAAAGGGAAGAGGUCAGCCGAGUAGGCCAGCCUUAAUGUCAUCUGGCAGAGGUGGAUAUACAUCUACUGGGUUUGAUAAUAGACAACAACCAACAAGAUUAGUUAGUGUAGGAUCCACCCCAGUGUGUGCAAAUUGUGGUAGAGUAUAUUCAGGGGAGUGCUGGGGAAGAAACCCUAUUAUGUGUUAUAAUUGUCGUCAACCUAGCCAUAUUGUUAGAGAUUGUCCACUCAGGAGAGGUAUACUUGAAAAAUCUCAAGCUAUGGGUUAG